CAAUUCCAUGUGAUUAUUUUCUAACAAGAAGCCACAAACAACAGCUGUUCGAAAAAAAUAUUCUGCUUGCACAACAAUCCUCGAAAUUUUACAAUUUCUCAAAAAAAUUGUUAAAUUUUAAUUAAAAAACAUGCGUCUUACAAAUAUUUUAUUGAAAAAAGUGAAAAGCAAACGCAUCAUGGUCGUGGUUGAGAGUGUGGUUACCGGCCAUAAAUUCAACACCGUACGCGAUCGUUUAGCGGAUAAAAUUGAAUUGGUGCGCUUUGAUCCUUACAUUCAAAAGGAUUGUGUUUAUCGUGAGCGCAAGAGGAUUCGUAGUGCCUAAGUUAGUUGCUUUAUUAUGCCCAGAUUAUGUUUAUUAGUUUAACUAAAUAUUUACGUGUUUUAAAAUAAAAGUUCUAGAAAAAAGUA